AUGGCCAAGCAGUUUCCCCAGGUCCAGCCGGGAGGCAGCCUGAUCCUGGCCUGGCGCGUCAAGGACAAGAACGUGUUAGUGGUCGGCGGUGGUGAGGUCGCGGCCGGCCGCAUCCUCAACUGCCUCAAUGCCGACGCCCAAGUCACCGUCGUCUGCCCUGCCUCCGGGCUCAACGACGAGGUCGCCUUCCGCAUCGCCGAGAAGCAGGUGACACACAUCGACCGCCUGUUCGAGCCGUCCGACCUCGACAGGGCCGACAUGGUGCUGGUCGCCAUUGACGACCCAGCAGCCUCGACGGCCAUCUGGAAGCUGUGCAAGGAGAAGAGGAUCCCGGCCAACAUCGCCGACGUGCCGCCCGAGUGCGACUUUUACUUUGGCAGCGUCCACCGCGACGGGCCUCUGCAGGUCAUGGUCAGCACCAACGGCAAGGGGCCGCGGCUGGCGGCAUCGCUGCGGCGGCACAUUGCCAGCCAGCUGCCGCCGAAUGUUGGGAAUGCCAUUGAGGCCAUUGGGGAGCUGAGGACGCGGCUGCGCAGGGUGGCUCCCAACCACGACGACAGCAUGAAGCGCAUGCGAUGGAUGUCCAAAGUCAGCGAUACCUACAAGUGGGAGGAAAUGAGCGAGCUCACGGAAGAGGACAUGGAGAACCUGCUGCUGUUCUACCCGGCAAACAAGGUUCCCGAUAUCGACAUUUUAAAGUCCCUGCGCGGUCCAGACAACGACGUGAAGAAGCUCGACAUAUUUGACGGAUCAUUCGGAUUCAGCGUCGGCUCAUGA